GCCCCGCGACUCCAAACCCACCCACCACCAGCAGCUUUCCUCUCUAGCUCGAUCGAUCGAUCGAAUCCUUCCGUCGCGUUCGCGUUUCCGUUUCGUGUGUUUAGACCAAGUUUCCAAUGGCUCCUCUUGGUGACGCUGUUGCCCCCGCGUCCGCCGCCGCCCCAGGCCUCGUCGUCUCUUUCGGCGAGAUGUUGAUCGACUUCGUGCCUGACGUUGCCGGGGUCUCCCUCGCCGAGUCCGGCGGCUUCGUCAAGGCGCCUGGAGGCGCGCCCGCCAACGUUGCUUGCGCCAUCUCCAAGCUCGGCGGCUCCUCUGCCUUCAUCGGAAAGUUUGGCGAUGACGAGUUCGGCCACAUGCUGGUGGAGAUCCUGAAGCAGAACGGCGUGAACGCCGAGGGCUGCCUGUUCGACCAGCACGCGCGCACGGCCCUGGCCUUCGUCACGCUCAAGUCCAACGGCGAGCGUGAGUUCAUGUUCUACCGCAACCCGUCGGCCGACAUGCUCCUGACCGAGGCCGAGCUCAACCUGGACCUGAUCCGCCGCGCCCGCAUCUUUCACUACGGCUCCAUCUCGCUCAUCACCGAGCCCUGCCGCUCGGCGCACGUCGCCGCCAUGCGUGCCGCCAAGUCGGCCGGCAUCCUCUGCUCGUACGACCCCAACGUCCGCCUGCCGCUCUGGCCCUCGGCGCAGGCCGCCCGCGACGGCAUCAUGAGCAUCUGGAAGGAGGCCGACUUCAUCAAGGUGAGCGACGACGAGGUGGCCUUCCUCACCCAGGGCGACGCCACCGACGAGAAGAACGUGCUCUCGCUCUGGUUUGAGGGACUCAAGCUGCUCAUCGUCACCGACGGCGAGAAGGGGUGCAGGUACUUCACCAAGGACUUCAAGGGCUCCGUGCCCGGCUACUCUGUCAACACCGUCGACACCACCGGCGCCGGCGACGCCUUCGUCGGCUCCCUCCUCGUCAGCGUCUCCAAGGACGACUCCAUCUUCUACAAUGAGGCGAAGCUGAGGGAGGUGCUGCAGUUCUCGAACGCUUGCGGCGCCAUCUGCACCACCAAGAAGGGAGCCAUCCCGGCGCUGCCCACCACCGCCACCGCCCUGGAGCUCAUCAGCAAGGGCAGCAACUAGAGACGCCUUGUGUCGCGCCGUCGGGUCUGAAUCUUAGGGGAGUUUAGCUGCACUUUUAUUAUUAGGGAUGAAUUGAGUUUAGUUCGUGUGUGUCAGUGUGUGACCUCGUGGGCGCUUAAUAAAAAGCAAGCAUGUGUGGUGAUUUUGGUUGCCGUCUUUGUGUAAGGAGGCUACUGAUUGUUGUAGCCUUCACCCAAACUUUAUCAGAGUCUUGAAUGAAUUUAUCAAAAUCUUGUUCUGCUA